UUCUCUGCUUCUUCUUCUUCAUUGUUUUUUUCAUUUCUGUAAUCAAAAUCUAAAGCUUUGGAUUCUGGUUUUUGAGAUUCCGCAAGGCAGUGGGUUUGGUGGUUUUAGAAGAAAAGGAAGUAACUUUGAUUAUUACAUUGAGUGUGGCCUCCAAAAAGUAGGAUGCACGGGAAGUCCUUUUAUCUGGGUGUUGGGUGUUGAGGUUUUAUGAAGAUGGAUAUAUGGAGUUUCCGCAAGACAGUUCCAAGCUCAGAACAUUGUCUACCUCAAUAUCAAGAAAUCUCUCAUCUUCAUCCUCUGCAUUCGUGUCUGCCAAUCAAUCCCCAUUCUUCUCUCCUAGAUCUCCAAGUUAUCAAGGAUCAGAAUCAGUUAGGUCUGAUAUUCCAUUUUCUUCCAACACCUUGAUCGUAAGUGCUGACGCUCCUAAUUCCAGCACUGCAAUUAAAAAGCUAGAACCUUUACCUGGUGGUGGAGUUUCUUCCAAGAGUAUUUCGUCUACUGUAGGUGUAUCUAUUGAGGAUGAUUUUCAGCAAUCAUCACUUCUUGACCAUGUUUCUUCCUCAAUUGCGAGAUGCAAUAGUAAUUCAUCCAGUUACAUCCAAAACGAUGGUCUAUCAAGGAAUAAAGAAAAACAUAGAAAAUGGGGGAGAAACCAGGGGAGGUUCUCAUUUGUGCAGACUUCAACACCUGCUCUCUCAUCUAACAGGCAGAGGAGUUUUGACGUAUACAUAGGAAUGCAUGGACAUAAGCCUUCUUUACUGAGGUUCACCAAGUGGUUACGUUCAGAGCUGGAGAUGCAAGGGGUCAGUUGUUUCUCAGCUGAUAGAGCUCGGUGUAAGAGUUCUCGGAGCUCUAGUACUGUUGAGAGAGCAAUGAACACUUCCACUUUUGGGGUGGUGAUUCUCUCUAGGAAGUCUUUUGGGAACCGUUACAGCAUUAUGGAGAUAACAAAUUUUCUGGGUAAAAAGAAUUUGGUUCCAAUAUUCUUUGAUUUGGGUCCUGGAGAUUGCCUCGCCAGAGAUAUUAUUGAGAAAAGAGGAGAAGUGUGGGAGAACCAUGGGGGCGAACUAUGGAUGUUGUAUGAAGGUUCAGAGAUGGAGUGGAGGGAAGCCGUAAAUGGCAUUUCUCGUGUGGAUGAGUGGAAAUUGGAGGCUCAAGAUGGUAACUGGAGGGAUUGUAUAUUGAAGACCGUUAUUCUUUUGGCAACAAGAUUAGGAAGGAGAAGUGUAGUCGACAGGGUCAAUAUUUGGAAGGAGAAGGCCGAUAGAGAAGAGUUUCCUUAUCCAAGAAAUGAAAAUUUCAUCGGAAGGAAAAAAGAACUCAGUGAACUAGAACUCAUUUUGUUUGGUGAUUUUAGUGGAGAUGCAGAAAGGGAUCUUUUUGAACUCAAGACCAGACAUCGGCGGAAAAACUUGUUGAUCAGUCGGUUCGAGGGCAUCAAGAUGGAAGAACGAGUGUUGGACCGAAAAAAAGAAAUAAUUAGUGGCAAAGGGAAAGAACCAAUAACCUGGAAGGAAUCUGAGAAGGAAAUUGAGAUGCAAAGUACGAGUAGUCCUCAAACACACACAAGAAAUGGCGGAAAGCACAAGAGGAGAAGAAAACCUACGAAGAUAGUGUAUGGUAAAGGUGUUGCAUGUGUUUCUGGUGACUCUGGAAUUGGCAAGACAGAGCUUCUUUUAGAAUUUGCUUACAGGUAUGCUCAGAGAUACAAGAUGGUGUUGUGGGUAGGAGGAGAAACCAGGUAUAUUCGGCAAAACUAUUUGAAUCUCUCGCCGUUUUUAGAUGUUGAUGUGGGAAUUGAGAAUCGAUGGCUAGAGAAGCGCAAAAACAAAAGCUUUGAGGAGCAGGAAGCUUCUGCAGUUCACAAAUUGAGAAAAGAGCUCAUGCGCGAUAUUCCUUUUUUGAUUAUAAUCGAUAACUUGGAGAGUGAGAAAGAUUGGUGGGAUGGGAAAACUAUAAUGGACCUUUUACCCCGAUUUGGUGGGGAAACCCAUAUUAUAAUCUCAACCCGUCUUCCUAGAAUCAUGAACUUGGAACCACUGAAACUGUCUUACUUAUCUGGAGUUGAAGCCAUGACGCUGAUGAAGGGUAUCAAAGAGUACCCCAUGACAGAAAUCGAUGCACUCAAGGUUAUUGAGGAGAAACUUGGCAGGCUUACAUUGGGUCUUGGUAUUGUAGGUGCCAUUCUCAACGAGCUUCCUAUAAAUCCAACCAGACUUCUCGACACAAUUAAUAGAAUGCCUUUACGGGACUUGAAACUGAGUCGCAGAGAGGGUUCUACAUUGAGUCAACAGGCUUUCCUUAUACAACUUUUAGAAGUUUGCUUCUCGAUAUUUGAUCAUGCAGAUGGACCAAGCAGCCUGGCCACUAGGAUGGUUCAGGUAUGUGGAUUUUUUGGUCCUUCAUCAGUUCCAGUUUCUCUACUUGCCCUAGCAGCGAAUAAAAUUCCAGAGAAGCUCCAAAAGGCCCAUUUAUGGAAGAAGUGCUUGUAUGCCGUAACCUGUGGUUUCAAGGGAUCACAUACAAAACGAUCGGAAUCAGAAGCUUCUUCCAUGUUACUCAGGUUUGGUGUUGGGAGAAGCGGCAGUAAUGAAGAUUGUAUCCAUUUCCAUGAAAUUGUCAAGCUUUAUUCUCGAAAGAGAGAGAUCCCUGGAGUUUCUUACGCUAUGGUGGAAGCAAUUAGCAACCGCGGGUUUAUUCCACAAGAUUUGGAGCAUUUGUGGGCAGCUUCUUUCUUAUUGUUUGGGUUCGGUACCAAUCAAGCUGUCAUUCAAUUGAAGGUUCAAGACUUGAUACCGUUUGUUAAGAAAGUCAUUCUGCCUCUUGCAGUUCGUACAUUCAUGACUUACUCUAGGUGUAAUGCUUCCCUGGAACUUCUUCGUCUCUGCACCGAUGCUUUAGAAGCUGCUGAAGAAACCUUGGUUUCAAGAGUUGAAAAGUGGUUGGACAAACCCUUUUGUUGGAGAUCAGUUCAAAGUACGGCUCAAAUGAAUCCGUUACUUUGGCAGGAACUAGCACUAAUGAGAGCUACCAUUAUAGAAACCAGAGCUAAGCUAAUGCUAAAAGGAGGUCAGUAUGAUUUAGGUGACGAUCUCAUUCGCAAAUCUUUAUUUAUAAGAACUUCAAUUUGUGGCGAAGAUCAUCCUGAUACAGUUGCAACUCGGGAAACUUUAAGCAAACUCAUGAGACAUAUGACAAGUAAUGAGGUUACUUAAAUUUAUUCUAUUCCUUUUUUUAGAGUUUUUAAGUUAUAAAUUGUUCACAAUUCUUUCUUAUAUUAACAAUUGUGAAAUGUGAGUUCUGAUUAGAAUCACAGGAAAAAGAAGAAAAGUCUGAAAAAAUAAAACUUGCUUAGUCAGGCAUUUAACAAAUAGAAAGUGUUCAUUCUUUUA